AUGGUCCAUCGUUCAUCUUCGCGGUAUCUGAGCCGGAGAGAGAAUAAGAAGAGACUGUGCGCAUCCAGAGACACGGCGUGGAAUGGGGAGCAUCAAACGCAACGGAAAUGCCCCAGUAAAGCCCCCAAGUUCUGUAUGCUCCUGGACGAAGGAUGUUCGGCGGGGCAAGACGUAAAUGUUGACACCGGCCCGCGCAGUGCUGUUUCGUUCAACAAUCAGAUCUCAAGAUGA